GCUGAUUUGAAAGCGGGAGAAAACUAAAGAAAACGUUAUUUCCGGUGUUUUGUCCCCGCCUCCUCCUGUAUGCAGACCGCGGAUUUUUGAAAAUAACGACUAGUUCAAGCAAGACGUAAAUAAAGCAAACCAACGGCUGCACAUUAAACCUUAUUGUGAACAUCAUGACGUCCAUUACUGAUCCAAACAUAAGUGAUGGGUUCACCAGUGCAAUGGAGGAGAUCCACAACAAACAGCUUAAAACAUGUGGGGAGAUAAUUGACGCGACUACAGAGUUGUGCCAGUCCCACAGACACUUUGUGAAGUCUGCACUUGAUACGUGUUUAAAGAAAUGUAAGGACGAUGAGAUGCUGUUUGAGACAAUACAAACAUUCAAAAGAGACUUGGUACAACAAAAUGCGUCAUUGAAAGAGAAACAGCAUGCCGUUUCUGAAAUUAUAUCUGAGAUUCAGCAGAAGGAAAUGCAGAAAGACGACAUCAUCCAGAAGAUAGAGAAACUUAAAGAAGAACAAGCCAAGAGAAAAGAUUUAAUCUAUUCUCAACAUAAGGCAAACAAAGACAGACUGAGGAAUCUCCAGAAAGCCAGAGUAGUCUUUCAGGAUCAUUUGGGGAUGGAGAUACGAACAAUCCUUGGCAAAACUCAAUUGGUUAAAGGUGAAAAGCUGCAGUUUGUUUUCCGGAAUAUCAACCCUUCAGAUCAGAACAGCGCCUAUGUUGUCACAUUGGGAAUUAAAGAAGACGGAUCAUACCAGAUUGUGUCGAGUGACCCCGUGCUGGAGUGUUUGUCAAUCCUGGAAAGCCGGCUUCAGGAGACCAAUAACUUACCAGCAUUCCUGGCAAACGUCAGGAAGGAGUUCAUCUCUCGGGCACGCUGCUAAGAGUGGAAGGAUCGGAGGAGGAGAUAGAGAAGGUCUUGCUGCAAUGGGGACUAAUAUUAAGCAAGGAGCAAAGUCUGUAUCUACAGUACAGAUCUGUAAACAAAACAUCAACUGCCUUGUCAAGACUAAUGCAUUUAUAUACAUUUCUGUGGGUAAUAAAUAAAAAGUUAUAUGAACAGAUCUGGACUACUUAAUACUGGACUUAAUUUGAACACUGGUCCUGUUUCAUUAUUGAGCAUGGUCGUGUUACAGUUUAGUGUAUACUGCGUAUUUGGCAUAGUUUCAAACCCUGGAGGUUGGCCUUGAGAGAACAGAUGUCCUGGGGUAAAUGUUUCUCUAAAUCCUGAAAUAUUCACCAGUGUACUGUAGAUGUUCUUCAGAAGUAAAGAACAUUUAAGUCAUUUGUAAUUUGCAUAUGAGGUAGAUUUCAUUUAUUUUCUCAUGUCAUUAAUUAGUUUAAAGUGGAUGGGGAAAAGUAGACCAUUUUAUUUUUCUGUGCUCAAUUUUCACUUAUGUAUUAAAAUAUGUAUUAAACUCACUAUAGUUGAGUUCAUCUGAACAUAAUGUGGCAUAAAUAAUGAGGAAAAUAAUUUAGGUAUAAAGAUUAACAGAGUGAAUCUUCACAGCAUUAAUAACUUCACGGAGAGCAGUGACAAAAAGCAUAGAUCCUGACUGUCGGCACAGAAAUCUGUAUUAUUAUUAUUAAAGUGAAUGCUUUUGCUUUUAUUAGCCAUUUUAAUAGCUGUGCAAUGAAUAUCAUAGAAUGUGUAGUUUUACUUAGUAAUAGGCUUCCAGUUGAUGUCAUUAAAAGUUCGGCACGGCAGAAGUGAAUGUCUUUGAUUCAGGGUGAGGUUUGUAUUUUUGUUGUUGGCGAGUCAGGCAUCAGAUGAUUUGACGCUGCUUAACACAGGCAGCUCCUCGACAUAGGUGGAUGGGAAAUGUCCUGUCUUCCCAUCAAGUUUGCCAAACCACCACCCAGUCUCUUCCUUUCUGUAAAUGUCUAGAAGAUCUCCUGUGAAACAAAAGUCAUUUUUAUUAGAUUAUAAACCUCUCCUGUUGUUAGAUAAUCUACACAUGUGUUGCCAGUUACCUUCUUUCAAAGUCAAUUCAUCAUCCUGUUCAGGUGUGAAAUUGUACAGGGCCUUGCAUAUUCCUAUACUGCACAGCUCCGGUGUUAUUCCACCUGUUCAAUGUUGAUAUUUUGAAUUGCUUUAAUUUCAUGAUGAAAUUCCAAAUCUGCUGAAUAGAAAUAAAUCUUUGUGUUGCUCUGGAAA